AUGGAUCCAUGUCCAUUUGUACGGCUCAAUGUGGACUCUCUGGCUCUCAAGCUCCCGCACGCAACCAGACCGGCCGGUCCAGGAGUUCACUCGUCAACCACCCCCUGCUUCUGCGAGCUCAAGAUAAAAAACUUCCCUUCCCAAACUGCGCUCCUUACCCUCUCCAAUUCACUCAGCGACUCUUCUCCGCCUGACUCGUCCACGUCAGCUCUCGGCUUCCACGUGGACCCUACCUUGCUUCGCCGCCUCUCCGGCAAGCCCGUCACGCUCCGGGUCUCCGUCUACACAGGCCGGAUGGGCCGGACCUGCGGCGUCACCAGCGGGAAGUUGCUGGGCCGGGUCCACCUCAGCAUUGACCUCGACUCUGCCCGGGUCCACCCGACCGUGAUCCACAACGGGUGGAUGAAGCUAGGGAAGGACCGCGAGAAGCCCUCCGCCAGGUUGCACUUGACUGUCCGGGCCGAGCCAGACCCCCGCUUCGUUUUCCAGUUCGGUGGUGAACCGGAGUGUAGCCCCGUGGUUUUUCAGAUUCAGGGGCGGGACAUACGACAGCCCGUUUUUAGCUGCAAGUUCAGUGCGGACCGUAACUCGAGAUUUCGAUCUCUCCAAUCCGAUUUUACCAGCAUGAAUAAUAGAGGAUGGAUGGGAACCUUUUCAGGUGAUAGAGAAAGGCCUGGAAGGGAGAGAAAGGGGUGGAUGAUAACAAUUCAUGAUCUAUCUGGCUCACCUGUGGCAGCUGCUUCUAUGAUCACUCCCUUUGUGCCGUCCCCGGGCAGUGAUCGCGUCUCCAGGUCAAACCCAGGUGCCUGGCUCAUCCUCCGACCUCAUGGCUUCAACGUCAGCAGCUGGAAGCCAUGGGGUCGUCUUGAGGCAUGGCGCGAGAGAGGGCCUAUUGAUGGCUUGGGAUACAAGUUUGAACUUGUUACUGACAAUGGGCCUAGUAGCAGCAUUACCAUUGCGGAAGGUACAAUGAGUGUCAAAAAGGGUGGACAGUUUUGCAUUGACAGUAGCUUGAUGAGAGAUUCUGCAUUGAACUCAAGGUCACCGGUUAAAGGGUUCGUGAUGGGUUCAACCGUUGAAGGCGAAGGAAAGGUUAGCAAGCCUAGUGUACAAGUUGGAGCGCAACAUGUGACUUGCAUGGCCGAUGCUGCUCUGUUUGUAGCACUAUCAGCUGCCAUUGAUCUUAGCAUGGACGCUUGCAGACUCUUCUCACAUAAACUUAGAAAGGAGCUUUGCCAUGAUGAACAAAAUUGCUUUUCCUAA